AUGUCGCUUCCUAUCAGGUCAUUGCCCCGGACACUGGCACGGUCCUACGGGACUGUGCAGGGUGCCCCCAGCCCUGCCUCCCUGUCCAGCCGCAUCCCUCUGACGCUGACCGACGCUACGGGUGCUACCGCCCCACGGACCACUUGGACUCGAGAUGAAGUCAAGCAAAUCUACGAGACCCCAUUGAACCAACUCACAUACGCCGCUGCGGCCGUUCACCGCCGAUUCCAUGAUCCCGCGGCUAUUCAGAUGUGCACGCUCAUGAACAUCAAGACUGGAGGAUGUAGUGAAGACUGUUCAUACUGUGCCCAGUCAUCCAAGCACAACACCGGCCUCAAGGCCACCAAGAUGAGCCCUGUCGACGAUGUCCUUACCAAGGCCCGUAAUGCCAAAGCCAACGGUAGUACCCGCUUCUGCAUGGGUGCCGCCUGGCGUGACAUGCGCGGCCGCAAGACCAGUCUCAAGAACGUCAAGCAGAUGAUCUCUGGUAUCCGCGAGAUGGACAUGGAGGUCUGUGUCACCCUCGGCAUGAUCGACGAGAACCAGGCCAAGGAACUGAAGGACGCCGGCCUGACCGCAUACAACCACAACCUCGACACCUCCCGUGAAUUCUAUCCCACUAUCAUCACCACCCGCUCGUACGAUGAGCGCCUGAAGACCCUCUCUCACGUUCGCGAUGCUGGUAUCAACGUCUGCUCCGGCGGUAUCCUUGGUCUCGGUGAGACUGACACCGACCGUAUCGGCCUCCUCCACACCGUCUCCAGUUUGCCCGCCCACCCCGAAUCCUUCCCCGUCAACGCCCUUGUCCCUAUCCCUGGAACGCCCCUCGGCGACCGCAAAAUGAUUCCCUUUGAUCGCUUGCUUCGCACCGUUGCCACUGCCCGUAUCGUCAUGCCCAGCACUAUCGUUCGUCUCGCUGCCGGUCGCAUCGCUCUCUCCGAGGAACAGCAGAUCGCCUGCUUCCAAGCCGGUGCCAAUGCUGUCUUCACCGGUGAGAAGAUGUUGACCACCGACUGCAACGGCUGGGAUGAGGAUCGCGUCAUGUUCGACCGCUGGGGUUACUACCCCAUGAAGAGCUUUGAGAAGCCUGGAUUCAAGGCCAGCACUGGUGCUGGUACUGAUGCUGCGGCGCCCCCUCCUCCCCAGCCCGAGGCUGCUGCGCCGGUCGCAGCAAGCUCCUAG